AUUAAACAGACCCUUACAAAAGCAAUAUCUCUCUCUUCCAGUCUCUCUGUCUGCGUGGGUGAACUCGGUGGCGACUCGAUGAGUCAGGAAACGUUCAUCUACAGCUUCGUCGCAAGAGGCGCAAUGAUUCUGGCGGAGUACACCGAUUUCACCGGGAAUUUUCCGGCGAUAGCUGCUCAGUGUCUCCAGAAGCUUCCUUCCUCCAUCAACAGCAAGUUCACUUACAACUGUGAUCUCCAUACUUUCAACUUCCUCGUUGAAGAUGGCUACACAUAUUGUGUUGUGGCGAAAGAUUCACUGAGCAAGCAAAUCUCAAUCGCAUUCUUGGAACGAAUGAAAGCUGAUUUCAAGAAGAGAUACGGGGGCGGGAAAGCAAGUACAGCUUUUGCCAAAAGUCUGAACAAGGAGUUUGGGCCGAUUAUGAAAGAGCACAUGAAAUAUUGGAGAAUAUUGACAAGGCGAUUGACAGAGGGGAAAACCUUACAGUUCUGGCUGACAAGACCGAGAGUCUACGUUCUCAGGCUCAGGAGUACAGGAAACAGGGGACACAGAUCCGGCGGAAAAUGUGCAACUGAGGAGUCGAAAGAGAAACUCGUUUCGCCAGAGUUUGAUGCUCAAUGGGCAAAGGCAAAUGCAGCUUCAGAGAUCUUAGAGCCUCGCAAGAGAGACAGAGACAGAGACAGAAGAAAAGUGAGAGGAAGAGAAACUGUACUACUUGUGGUCUUGUAGUGAUGGGAUGGAGUGUGAAUGUGAUUAGUGUUUGUGUUGUGCUGUUUUAUGUUGUCAUUUACAAAUAACAUAUACUCGGGGAUUUGUCUA